AUGGUGAAUCGAUCUGGAGCAAAUGGAAGGGAUAAUCAUGUUAACCAUGAAAAUGUUCCGCCCGACAUUUUGCAACAGAUCAUGGCGGAUCUAACUGAUCUCCGCCAACACAAUCAACAACUCCAAACUCAACUUGCUGAGAUCAAUCAAGAUCGGGGCUUGCAUGAGGGCGAUCGUAGAAUGGCAGAGAUGGUGGUAGAUUUCCAACCGUUUACAGAAGACAUUGCAAACACAACCGUCCCAGAUAACUUGAAGACUUUGGUUCUUGAUUCUUAUUACGGAGAUUCUGACCCUAAGGAUCAUUUGGUGUAUUUCAACACCAAAAUGAGGCAUAAUGAAAGCCUUCAAUCCUUCAUGGGGCGUUUCAAUCAAUUGUCAGUGCAUUUGGAAGAUAAAAUGCCUGAAAUUUGUAUUGCAGCUUUUGAGUUGGGUCUUCAGUCACGAAGUUUGAACAGCAGUUUAAGUCGUAAGCCCGUGGAGACAAUGGCGGAGUUGCGAAGCAGGGUACAGGGUUUCAUUCGGGAGGAGCAAAGUGAUCGCAUAAAGAGAAACCGUAAGAGUGCAGCGGUGGUUGGCCAACAACAACAGUCAGAUUCGAAAAAGGCGGCGGUUAACGAUCAGCGUUCGGGCGGAGCGCCUCAUGAAGAUGAUCCCAUUGUGGUGAUGUUGAAAGUCGCUGAUUAUGAAAUCGAGAGGGUACUGUUGGAUCAAGGGAGUUCUGCAGAUUUGAUAUAUGGCGAUGCAUUCGAAAAGUUAGGGCUUACGGAAACUGAUCUGUUACCGUACGAUGGGGCGUUAGUUGGUUUCUCAGGUGAGAAAGUAUUUGUUAGAGGGUAUGUGGAGCUAAACACUGUGUUUGGUGAAGGUAAGAAUGAGAAAGCUUUUUCCAUUAAGUUUCUUGUGGUACAGUGUACAUCGCCGUAUAAUGUGCUUAUUGGGAGACCAUCGCUUAACAAACUGGGGGCGAUUAUCUCAACAAGACAUUUAACAGUCAAGUAUCCAUUGGACAAGGGCGGAGUUGGAACUUUGAAGGCUGAUCAAGUGGUUGCUAGGAAAUGUUAUUCCGACAGCUUCAAGCAGUAUGGUCACAUGGGAAAAAGAGCAGUGAAGGAGGGACAUAGAGUUUUUGGGGUGGAUGUUGAUGAAGAAGAGGUUAGUUUGGAUCCGAGAGAGGGCUUUUCUGAUUUUAAGAUGACUCCAGAAGAAGAAACAAAGACAGUAAAAGUGGGCGAAAGGAAUCUGAAAGUUGGGGUUAACUUGACUCAAAUCCAGGAAAGCAGACUGGUGCAAUUGUUAGCUGAGAACAUGGAUUUAUUUUCUUGGAGUGCACGAGAUCUUCCAGGAAUUGAUCCAGAGUUCAUUUGCCACAAAUUGGCAUUGAACCCUGGUAUGAAGCCGAUCGCCCAGUUGAAGCGUAAAAUGGGCGAAGAGAAAGCACUGGCGGUGAAAACAGAAACUAACAAGUUAAUUGAUGCAGGUUUUAUAAGGGAGGUGAAGUAUCCUACUUGGUUGGCUAACGUUGUCAUGGUCAAGAAGAGUAAUGGAAAAUGGCGAAUGUGCACAUAUUAUACGGAUUUAAAUAAGCACUGUCCAAAAGAUUCAUAUCCACUGCCAAACAUAGAUAAGUUGGUAGAUCGGGCUUCGGGAUUUGGCAUGUUGAGCUUGAUGGACGCGUAUUCGGGCUAUCAUCAAAUUCGAAUGUAUGCGCCAGAUGAAGAAAAAACAGCAUUUAUGAUAAACCAAGCAAAUUAUUGCUAUCAAACCAUGUCGUUUGGGCUUAAGAAUGCAGGGGCGACUUAUCAGCGAUUGAUGGACAGAGUCUUUGAAAAGCAAGUAGGGCGUAACAUGGAGAUUUUUGUGGAUGAUAUGGUGGUCAAAUCAGAGGAAAUGGGCGGUCAUUGUAUGGAUUUAGCUGAGGCUUUUGGAGAAAUCAGGAAGCAUAACAUGCGUUUGAAUCCGGAAAAAUGCUCUUUUGGAAUUCAGAGUGGAAAAUUUUUGGGCUUUAUGAUUACUAGAAAAGGAAUUGAAGUUAAUCCCGAUAAGUGCAAGGCAAUCCUAGAAAUGCAGAGCCCAACAUCAGUUAAAGAAGUACAGAAGCUAACAGGAAGGAUUGCGGCUUUGUCACGAUUUUUACCAUGCUCAGGGAGUAAGGCAGCUCCGUUCUUUCAAUGUUUGAGGAAGAACAAAGCUUUUCAAUGGACAGAUGAGUGCGAACAGGCUUUCCAAACUCUAAAGGAGCAUCUAGCUAAGCCUCCCAUAUUGUCAAAACCAAUUCCAGAAAAAGCUGCACUAGCUUUGAUUAUCACCACCAGGAAGUUGAGGCCUUAUUUUCAAGGUUUUCAAAUCAAAGUCAAAACUGACUUUCCCCUACGCCAAGUACUUCAAAAGCCUGAUCUAGCAGGGCGUAUGGUUUCUUGGGCUGUCGAAUUGUCAGAAUUUGGUAUAGUAUUUGAGAAGAAGGGACAAAUAAAGGCGCAGGGCUUGAUAGAUUUUGUGAAUGAGAUGUCUCCGGAAGAAAAAGUACCAGAAGAAGUGGAAUGGUUUUUGUCUGUUGAUGGGUCAUCAAAUCUGAAGGGAAGUGGAGCUGGUAUAGUUUUGGAGGGACCAGGUGGAGUAAUUAUUGAGCAAUCUCUCAAGUUUGACUUCAAGGCGAGCAACAAUCAAGCAGAAUAUGAAGCAAUAAUAGCAGGGGUGAGGCUUGCUUUGGAGAUGAAUGUACGUUGUAUUGUAAUAAAAACUGAUUCUCAGCUUGUGGCAAAUCAGAUAAAGGGAGAUUAUCAGGCGAAGGAUGUUCAGUUGGCUAAGUAUUUGGUAAAGGUUCAAGAAUUGUUGAAGUAG